UGGUUACAAGUUCAGAAUCCCCAUUUACAAAAUUGAAAUCGGGAUCACCAAAUGUGAUUUGGAUCGAAAUUUGACUACACCAAUAUUCCUGUGUUCUGUUUUCUAAAUUUUAAUCAUCCUCACUGAUUUCAAUUUUCAGUUGUGGGAUUUCCUGAUUGGGUUUGAAUCUGCCGCUCCCAUCGUCCUUCUAGAGGAAUUCAGAAUUCAGGUGAGGAAGAAGAACAGAGAGAGAGAGAGAGAGUCAUGAGUUACGUAUUGACGACACUGACGAAGAAGCAGGAGGUGGAUUCCAUCAUCCGAUCCACCAUCGAUUCCGCUUGCCUUCUCCUCGACGACGCUCUCGCCAAAACGGCGCGGGAGAUCUCCAAGUUCGCGACGGUCGCGCUCGUCGAUACUGAUUCGGCGGGAAUUCAAGUCUACGUCAGGUGUUUCGACAUUGCUCUGAUCCCGUCGACCAUCUUCGUCUUCAAUGCCCUCCACAAAAAGAUGGAUUCGGGAACUGCGGGCCACAGCAAAUGGGUCGGCGCGUUUCAGCAGAAACAGAACUUUAUUGAUGUUGUGGAGGCGAUUUUCAGAGGAGCGAUGAAGGGGAAGAUGAUCGUGAAUUGCCCCCUGCCGCCGGAGCGAAUAUCCAAAUACCAGUUCUCUAUAAAGAUGUGUAGAAGUUGGAGAGAUUUAAGGUAUUUUAUUUUUCAAACUUUUAUUUUGUUUGUUUACUAUGAUUUUGAUGGUGAGAUAAUGAUCUCUUAA